AUGCUAGACGGCAGUCUACAAAUACCAGCACCAUGCCCAUUGACAAGAGACUCAGAAACGCGUGUUCCUUAUAUGGUAAUUGGAGACGAAGGUUUCGGAUUACACGACAAUUUACUAAGGCCGUUUAGCGGGACGCAUCUGGACAAAAAUAAGCAAAUAUUCAACUAUCGUUUGACUAGAGCUAGGAGAUACGUUGAAUGUGGCUUCGGUAUCUUAGCUAAUAAGUGGAGAAUAUUCCAUCGGCCUCUAGACAUCGAUAAAACAACAGCUGUAUGGACUGUUAAGGCAUGUACUAUUCUACACAACUUUAUAAGCGACAAGGAGGGCUCAAACAGUGACAAUAACGUAUCUGAAGAAUUUAGUUACGAAAACCUACCCCAUGAAGUAAGAACACGAGGUGGUAAUACUGUUAAUUUAGUUCGAACAGAAUUCGUGAACUAUUUCAUGUCCGAAGCUGGAUCAGUUCCAUGGCAGGAUGAAGCUAUUUAG